AGUGGAGGAGGACAAUUAUCUGGAGAAACGAGUCCACAGCUGAGAACUGGCGUCACGCAGAGCUGAUCAUUGUCUCUCUCACACUUUCUGUAACGAACCAUUUCACAACAUCCGCGCAGUGGAUCGCAGCAGCUUCGCCUCCGGGGCUGGUUUUUCUCCCCCGUCGUCCUUCGGAUCUCCACGAACUGGACUUUCAUAUGUCAUAAAGUCUUCUCCUCUCCGAGCCACUGAUGGCUGAAGUCCGUCUGUUCGAUCGGAUCCUGAGCUCAAAACCACUUUGGUUUGUGUGCAGAUUUGGAGAAGCCUCGCGGCAAACAUCAUGUGCAGACUUCUGGAGGAUUAUUUUACACUCACGAAAGCAAUGAGUGCGUUUGAUUUCGGAUUUCUGUGACCCACAGGACGUUUUUUUUUUUUUUUGAGGACUCUGGUCCUCUUUGGUUCCUGCAGAACUCGAGUCGCGGAGAUCCCAUGCAGUCGCCAAGGGAGAGGAGUGAAGCGCGAGCCCGAGCUGGAUGGAUGGUUAUGGGGAAAAGAGGAAGACCCUCGGCGCUUGAAGUGUGCAGAGUCCUCGCCGUGUUCGUCUCGCUGUUUCCACCCGUGACUCUGCAGUGCAAGAUCCUCAAGUGUAACUCUGAAUUUUGGGCAUCCAAUUCAAACUCUGGGCUGGAGGAGGAGUUCUGCACGGCGCUGCGGGCGUACAGCAGCUGUGUACGACGCACUGCGCGUACCUGCAGGGGCGACCUGGCGUACCACUCUGCACAGCAUGGCAUUGAAGAUCUCAUGAGUCAGUACAACUGCUCCAAGGGGCCAACAUCUCAACCACGUGCUCGCACUCCGCUUCCUCCUCCACCUCCACAGCUCCCGUCUGACAGCCAGGAGCACUCCGACGGCCCUGAAGUUUGCCACUAUGAGCGCAGUUUUUCACGCAACACAGCCCCGCCUAACUACACCCACUGCGGCUUCUUUGGAGACCCACACCUCCGCACCUUUGGUGAUGACUUCCAGACGUGUAAGGUGGAAGGAGCCUGGCCGCUCAUCCACAACAAAUUCCUGUCUGUACAGGUGACCAACACUCCCGUAGUGCCAGGCUCUUUGGCGACGGCCACCAGCAAGCUUACAAUCAUCUUUAAGAACUUCCAGGAAUGUGUCGACCAAAAGAUGUACCACGCAGAGACAGACGAGCUGCCAGCCGCAUUCGCGGAUGGAUCCAAGAACGGAGGGGAUCGGCACAGUGCAAACACACUGCGUGUGGUGGAGAAGGUUCCCGGACAGCACGUGGAGAUCCAGGCUCGGUACAUCGGAACGAUCAUAGUUGUUCGCCAGGUGGGCCGCUACUUGACGUUUGCAGUGCGUAUGCCGGAGGAAGUUGUGAAUUCUGUGGAAGAAGGUGACAAACAGGACUUGUACUUGUGUCUUCACGGCUGUCCUGCCAACCAGCUUAUUGACUUUAGGAACUUCAGGAACUUCAGGACUCGGGCAGCAGAGCCUCAAGGUGCAGGCGCGAGCCGGAGUGGCGCGGCGGCACCCGGCUUCACCUACCUGACCGCCAAGGCAAAGUGCAAAGAGCGCCUUCCAGUGGAGGACCUUUAUUUUCAGUCCUGCGUGUUUGACCUCCUGUCCUCUGGGGACACAAACUUCACCAUGGCAGCCUACUACGCCUUCGAGGAUGUAAAAAUGCUCCACUCAAACAGCAACAGGUACCACAUCUUUGAGAAGAAUGCAUUUAAAAGUAGCGGAGUGCAGCGGGGCAGAGAUGAGCUGUCACUCGUCCUCCUCAUCUGUCUCGCUGUCUCAUUGUGGAUUACAGUUUACAUAUAGUCUCCUUCACCAUGUUGUCCUAUGUGAGUGAGUGUCCCACCAAGCUGCUGUGGACCGCUGAGUCUUGUUGUCGCGUCACGACUCUACUUGAGCUGAAUGACGAGGCGAGUCCACCACGCCCCACCUGUCAUCACGCGUAUUUAGCUGGUUCAUACGACUCAUCUUUAAAGAGAGAGAGCGCGGCUUACGCCACAGCUCAGGAUGUCCACUUGGGAUUAAACCCCCACAUUCACCAGGGCUGCUAAGGAAAGUCAGACAAGAUGAUCUUUUGCAGACAGAGGACUUUGCUGAUCCUCCUCCCUUGAUCCCCCUUGUUGGUGCCAAGCUGGUGAAGCUCUCUGCGGCUCCUGUAGUGAGGCUGGAGGACCUGACAGGGCCUUUUGUUUACUGAAGGCCCGAAGCAGCUCCAUCUUUGAUUAGUUUCCUGCUUUGCAGAAAGCCUUUGAGAGGAAGCGCUCAACCAAAAGGACGUCGGGGCAGCGUCUCCAGCCGUCUGCGGCGGAGAUUAAUGGGUCAUAAUGUCAGAACGUGUGUUAGUACAGCUUUGUGGUUAUAAUUGUGUUUGAGUAGGAGAUAAAGUCUUGUGGGAGACGUUAUCAUGUCGAUACAUUGUGGAUAAAAUCCCCAAAACGUAAACGAUGUGGUGGUUGUUGAUCUGUCAUGGUAGGUUCUUACAGGUGACUAAAAAUGACCUCUUCGCCUGUACGCCAUUUAGACUCGUAGUGUUUUCACUCCACUGUUUCUGCCAACGCGUUGGUCACAAUGUUAGCAUCUUAUGUCUAAUGUGAAUGUAAACCCCCCCAAAAAAAACUUGGAUCAAAAGCGCUCAUCAAGGCUACACCUCAUUUCUUUAAAAUUCACCAUUUUCAUUUAUAUUAGCAAGGGGCUGUACCUCUCAUCCCAAUCAACAUCAGUUCAUUUUUUUCCUAUCUACAUACCCAGCAAGUAGCAAAGUUCAAAUCAGAUUAGCUGUUCAUAAAGCUGCAGUGUGUAGGAUUUAGCAACGUUUGUUAGCACAAAUGGAAUAUUUAUAAUUACCUGCAACAAUGAAUAAAUGUGUUUUCAUAAGCUUAGAAUGAUCCAUUUAUGCCUACAGUGGAGCAGGCCCCUUCACGGAGGCCACCAUGUUGCAGCAUUAUGCUGAUACAGGAGCCCAAAAGGGACAUUCUGUCUUUCACAUUUUGCGACACUGCUGGAAAACUGAAGGUGGAAAAAAUAGAGGUAUCAGUGUUUGCUCCCCUAUGCACAGUCUACUGUUUACUAGCGUAGGCUAACAAUGUUGAGAACUCUCAUUUUCGUGAAAUAGUCGAUCGUAUGUAUUGCUACUCAUAAAAGGUGAGGGAGUGUGAAUCCCUGUCCCCAAAGAAGCGAUAAUAUGAUGGGAAGCGCAUUCCUGACCAGUGACAGCAUAAUGCAGUCUGCAACCUCACCACUAGAUGGCUCUAAAUCUUACACACUGUAGCUUUAAGAAGUCUUGCUAGCAUACAUACAAAUGUGGUUAAAUAGAGAUCAAAGUGAUCCCAAGAGUGUUCACCUCCAGUCAGUUCACUAAAAAAAAAAUGUAAAAAACCAAAAAAAUUAGCUAAGGCCACCCAGAACGCACAAGUGUUUACACAGUGUAACGAGCGAAUCAGACUGAAUUUAGAGUAGAAAAGCAUGUGCUGAAUCGCUUUGUGAGUUAGAACCAUUUUCCAUUUCAGCUCUCAGCUGUCUCAAACUGUACUGAAUAUUUAAUGUUCGAGUUGUCACUUCCAGUCUGUUUUACAUCUUACAGACUAACAGCGUGUCGGCCUGAGUGCAGUUUGGCAAUAACAGUGUUUGUAGAUGUAAAUUCACUGCUCGAUUUGUUGCCAAAGAACGAGCCUUUGUGCCAACGUCUGCCUACAAAAGCAACUUCCACCUUUCAGUCUUUUUUGGAUGAUUUAACAAACAUUUGCUGAUUCUUAAUUUGUACAUAACUGGUGUUACUAGCAGGAAUCAUAAAGGCCAAAAAGCUCUUGGAAACAUGGCAGCGGGUUCUAUAAAAGCAACAUUUGUUUUGUCGUUCCAAGUUUGACUUCUCUUCGUUUUGUGACACUUGGCUUCCUUUGCUCCCCUUUGACUUUUGGCCCUCAUACGGCAAAUCGUCACCUUACAUCCUCAUCCUUCUUGGGUGCAGUUUGACGUCAUUUCUCCUUACACUGAAGUAUUCGGCGGGACGUACUACUGCUUUUGGAAAAACGUAUUGGUACAGUUGGAUAAAAAAAUUAAACAUAUACAAAUGAUUGUAAUGUUGAAUCUUGUGUUGAUAGGUGUGAUUUGUAUUGUGACUUUUACAGUAAUGUUCUACAUAUGUAAUGUGAGAUUGUACAUAUAUUUUGUGAAAUGUUCAUUUGCAUAUUAACAAUUGUGUUUUAAAAUGAUCACUUUGUUAUUUUGGAGUUGAGAUGUUUUGGUGAAUGUGAAUGUUUUUUAAGGGAUUUUGCAAAAACGUACACCACAACACAUAAUUCUUUAAUGUAUACACUCACAUUGUGUGUGUGUGUGUAAAUGCCGGUUUGUCGUCACUUUUCUUACUCAGACCACAUUGUCUAAAAGGGAUCACAGAAGAAACGUGUUGUGGGGUGCUCGUGUUUUUGAAUUUAAAGCACUUUAUGUUUUGUUUAGCGCUUGUUCUUUUUGAAACCAGUUGUCAGAUUUGUGCUGGUAAACAGUUAAGCUGAAUGUGGAAAUGCCAGAAAGAUCAAAGUGUUUGUUUGUGGUGCCACAUGACAGCUGUUUAUAAUGUAAAUUAUUUAUUGAAUAAAACUCUUGUAAAUGAGGAGGGCACCUGUCUCAUUUGCUGCUGCCGUGAAAGCCUAAAAAUAAAUAAAAUUUAAAUAAUAAU